CGCAGUGGUAAUCUUUUGUUCGGAAACAAGAUUUGGGUCAGAAGAGCCGGUAUUUUAUGCGAAAUUUGGGUGACAGAUGCGGACAGCUGGCUGGGACCCCUGUCAUGUGCUGUGUAUAAUCUUGAGUCAUGGAACAGUCACACAAUGAGGAUCCCGUUGUCAUGGCCGAUAGUGUCAGUCCGGGAGUUAAAGAUGACAAGGAUGGAAUGGUUAAGUCAGAAAUUCUCCAGUCGCCCACUGUAGCAGACAGUGUCAGCGCCAUGGAGGAGGACAAGGAUGGAAAAAAGAUCUUUCGCUGUAAGAUCUGCAACAAGACAUUCAAGUUCAACAAUGGACUAGUGCGUCACGUAAGACUCAUCCACGUUGGUGAGAAACCCUUUGAAUGUAACAUUUGUAAAAAACGCUUUGGAUACAAACACACAUUAAUGGAACAUCAGAAUCUGCAUUAUGGAAAUAAACCUUAUGUGUGCUUAGUGUGCAAUAAGCGCUUUGCGGCACGCUCAAACUGGGUCAUGCACCGGAGCGUGCACAAGAAGCCAUUCAGUUGCACAAUUUGCGCCAAACAUUUUGACUCUGAGCCGCAGCUGAAGAAGCAUUUAUUCGCCCACCCCCAAGUGAUGCUCCACUGCAGCAUUUGCUCGUUUACUGCACCCACCCCCAGCCAGCUUAAUCAGCACAUCAUGGAACUCCACCCGCCACAGUUCUUAGACACCACGCGGCCCAACCGUCACAGCACGGAGAGUGCGGGGUCGCGGGAGAGCCCCCCUACUAGCGGGGUGUCCCCGGAGCUGGAGGAGCAGUUACAGCAUGUGUCAACCUCGGAGCAGGCAGUAUUAAAUGCAGUGGCCUCGGUCCAGCAGGCAGUGGCCAGUGGGCAAACAUUUCCACCAGUCACCAGCGGCCAGUCAUUUCCAUACAAUCUCCAUAUUUCACAGCAACAACAACAACAACAACAACAACAACAUCAGAAUCAACAACAGCAACAGCAGCAACAACAGCCUGCUGCCUCCUCAGCAGGGACGAGGAUUGACAACAUUGCAGAGAGGCUAAGCGCGACUGCCAACGCCUCCUCCUCUUCGUCCUCGCGUCCCGAUAUUGACCACACAGCAUUGAAUAAUUCUCAAAACUCUCUCCCCAUGGAACUGACUGUGAAGAAGGAAAUGGAGGAGUUUGAGGAUGGUGGCAGCACAAAUCACAAUCACAGGGCUGAGCUUGAGGGGGGUGUGGAUGCAGUGCAGAAGCAUCAGCAACAUCAGCAGCCACUCGUCAACUCCCAGCAUCAGCAUCAUCAACAACACAAUCACCACCAACAGCAUCAUCAGAAUCAGCAACAGCAAAGUCAACAUCAGCAACAACAGCAUCAACAUCAGCAGAAUCAUCAGCAACAGCAAGGACAGGGAACACCUAUUCCUCCUCCUCCUCCUCGUUCUACCCCCACAGGAGAUGGUGUGAUCCAGAGAACUCCCUUACCUGGGAUCGAUGCCAUCUUUUCCAAAUCUCGUAGCACAAAUGUCGUAGGAAUCCCUCAAGCUCCCAUCUCUAAUCCUGUUCAGAAUCUCAACUUCGGUGGGCUGGCGGCUGCCUUCUCUCCACCGGGACUCUCACCAGGGGACCAGUUCGCAAACCAAAGAACUCUCUACAGCCGAGAUUUAUAUUCCUUGGGGUUCCACACGAACCCCCUUAGUCCUCCUCUCUCUAUUCCCUCCAGCCACGCCCUAACAACGCUGGGAGAUCCACGCUUCACGGUCCAAAAGGAGGUCCGGGAUGUUGCCAUUCAGCAUAACGCCCAGCCUCCAGAAUUUCCUGAUCUUGAUGAUGUCAUUGACCACUAUGUAAUGCAGGGGCGAAUAUUCAAGUGCGAACACUGCAACAUUCUGUUCUUCGAGCGUGGGAUCUACUAUCUCCAUGCUUCUCUGCAUAGUCCAACCAAUCCCUGGGAGUGUAACAUAUGUCACAAAAUGUGCUCUGAUCGCAAUGAGUUUACGCUGCAUUUCGUCAACCAACAGCACACAAAUUUAUAAUGUUGACCAAUGGACCUGACAGGGAAGAAAUAUGAAGCAGGUCAAAUUGAACUAGGAAAUGUUCAUCUUUUGAGAAAUUGAAACUAAGUAGGUGACAGUAGAAGAUCUCUGUGGGUAAGCUGCACUUUAUAUCAGACAUGUACCAGUUGAUGAGAAUUACAAACUGCACUUUAUACAAAGAGGUGUAAAGAACAGUGACAAGAAUUCAGUGACCAAAAACAUAAUGCUUAAUGGUGAGGAAGAGGUCCAAACUGAAGAGAUUAAAUGCAGCCUGAAAACAUUUACUGGAAAUGUGCUACACUAUUUUUGAUACUUUGGAGAAUUCAUUGCUGUGAAUGGUCUCCACCCAAGACAACAGUGAGAGGCAUGGACAGUUGAUGACUCAGGCAAAUAGAUCUGAAAUAGACACAGAACUGUGUUUCUACAUGGAUUUCAUUAUAUGGGGAAUUCUCGAAUUUCAAAAGAUUUCAUUCGGGCUCAGUCGCAUCCCUGAUUGAAUGAAAGUCGGUAAAGGCUUACCAUAAUAAGUUUAAUAUCAGCACAAGCAGAUGGCACAGACAUCUAUUGGCUCUCCCUUAAAGCAAUGAGGUGCUCUGAGACCAGCUUUGCUCACAUUCUCUAGAAUUUCUAUCCCCAACAAGGUUCUUCUAAAACCAUUUGAUGGAAAUUAUUGAUGAGAAUUAGUGGCAAGGAUGCUAGGCAGCCGAUUGCUUCCUGAGUGGUACAUCUUGUGUAAUAAAUGGAAACAUUGGCACAUAAAAUACUGCUGACCUUGAAAAUCCACAUGAUAUUGUCACAAAGGACUACAUAUGUGGACGGACUACCCUGAUUGUGUGAAACAUUUACAAGAAGUAUGAUUUUUUUUAGGAUUCAAUAGCACAUAGUUAAUUAUUUUAAACAAUGUGUUUGAGAGCACAUAAAAAUUAACAUAUUUUUUAAUUUUCACAUACUUUUGUGUAAAUCAUAAGUGCUGGUAGUAAGAUUUUAAGCCUGGAUAUUCUACUGGGCACAUUUCAAUGUUGAAGUUAACCUCAUGUACCCCCCAAAACAAAUCUUCAGUAUUUCUAUAUCACUGAAGUCAAGUCAAUUGUCCUGGUACCAGUCAAUAUAAUUGCAAAAUGAAAAUAAAAGUCCCAGAUAUAUUUUUCCCAGUUUACCCAUUGCUUGCUGUAGUUUGGGGCAUUAGUGAGACAACCCCGAAGUUAAAAAAAAUAGUACUCUGUGCUAGUAUAGAUGGCGCUUAUAGCUUGGUACCAUGAAAUUGUUAACCUUGCCAAUUCGAGGAUAAAUGUACAGAAAUCUCCACUAAGAAAAAAGUUAUUGGCAAGAAUAUAUUUUAUUAUGAAAAUAAUAAUCAGUUUAGACCAAUGAGUAACAAUGACAUGAUGUUGUUAAAAGUUUCUAGUUAAAUGUGUAGACCACAUGGACAUGAGUAUUGUAUUGUAAUGUAAUACUAUUAGUUUUAUUAAUGAGCUGAGACCUGUCAGUGGGACUAUACACAAUUUCAUAAUUGGGUGCUAUGGCAAUCAUAACUUUAGAUUUACCUCAUUUUUGACUGUAUUUUCAUGUAUUUAUAUAUAUCUAUAUGUAUAUUAGUGCUUAAAAUUUAAUUGUAUAGUUCUGUUGAAGUGGCUAGGUGCUCGCUUUCUAAAUGGUAUAUUUUGUAAUACAUGGAAAAAGGUAUGAAUCGUAUGCUUUGCCUGUCAAGUGCUUAGUUUUUAUCUGCCAGAAAACACAGACAAACUUUUAGUUAAAGAUUUCUUCCUAACCCUGCUCUGCGGCAACGUGAUAUGACAAAAUUCAGGCACUGCUGAUGAAGUAUCUGAUCUUAUUUUGCUUCAGAAAUUUCUGUACUCGGUAAUCAGAUAAACAAAGUCGAGGGUUGCAAACUCUUCAUUUCGUUAUGCAGUCAAAUUCACAAUGAUUUAUCAUGAGAUGACUUUACUGAGAAGGAAGAUUUGGGAGGUGCUUUCAGAAUUUGAAAGCAGAGACAUGUUUUGUGAAAGGUUUGUUAAGUUAACAUUGCAUGAUGGGAUGAGUUUGCUGAAUUAAAGUUUCAUAUACAAAAUGAGCUUUGUGAGCAACGUGGAAACAAAAAUUAGUAAUUGUUGGCGUUUGAAUUUUUGGGAUCCUGUCAGAUUUUCCUGUCAGACUAGGACAUAUUUAGACCGGAAACGGGUCUGAAUAAUGACCUCAGACUACAAGACUGGACUUAUGGUGCCUAAUGACAGGAGUUUGGCCCAUUUUCAGUCAAAAGUUGCCGGGGUUGUUGGAGCAGACAUGAUUUGGAGGGGAGGGUUGGGGCACACUCGUAACAUGCAUGUAAUAUUUAACAGGUUUUGCCCCCUUCAGCAGGCCCUUUGGUCUUGGUUUGUAUUUUGUUCAGGGGUAGGCAGUUCUGGAUAUUUUCAUAUCAUUGAUGCUAUAUAGCAGAGGCCAAGGAGUAAUGAUAACUUUGUACCUAUUAACCUAUAACAAAAUUUCAAUGUGAAUAGUUUAGUUUUACUGGAAAUGCUAGCGGAAGUAUUGCUUUAUUUAUUUAUUUAUUUAUUUAUUUAUUUAUUUAUUUUAUUUUUUUAAUUUUAUUUGCAUGGCAUGUGUUGUUUGUUUCUUAAGAAACCCAUCAGUUUAAUUUUACAUUUUGUCAAAUCUGGAAAUUGUUAUAUGUUAAAUGGGGUAUGGGAUUUUUUUUAGUUCAUUGAAGU